CUGCCUGACUGUUGCGGAGGAAAUCCCUGCACUUGACUCGUCGUCGACGGGAUAAAGUCAUUUGUGGGCUGCUGCCGACGUCGCUGCUCCGCGAAGGAUAUGGCCUCCGAAAAAGCCGCCCCGUGUUGUCCUGGACGUUGUUUUUUGUUUUCGGAGAAAGCGGGGUGUCGACGAGCGGAUGGCGACCUUCAGUGCGCCGACUCCCUGACUGUUAUACUGUAAUACGUACACCCCGUUGGGGGUUGGGAAUACCAUAAUUUCACUUCGGCUUUUACUCCGAAAAACGGCAACGACGGCGACUGCGACGUCGACUGCAAUUUUCAGUGCGUUCGAAAGUUCGACAACUUUGGAAAACUGUCAGUUGGCAGCGAACUUAGAACAGGUAGAGACGCACGUUCCGCCUGGAAAAUCGGUACAAAACGGAACAGGCUAGAAAGGAACACACAACAACACAACUCCCCGAAAAACUCCCCUUCAAUAUUGUAUUUGUGUGUAUAUUGGGGGUAUAGGAAAAGCCGAAGGUUCUACUGUUGGUUGUUGUUGUUCCCCGUUGGCUGUGUGGGGUUCGGAAAACGUGCGUCGACGUCGACAGCGACUGAAAAACGGCGACUGAAACGGCGACGAUGUAAAAUUUUAUUACCCCAAACGCAUCGAGCAGUCGGGUUUUGGACGUCCGGACUUCACCGCCGCCUCGCUGCGACGCCAGACUUUUAUUGCAGCUGCCAUAUAGAGUGGGUACAAUUCCAUGGUCAGGCCCGGAGAUCCCAAAAAAAAAAAAAAAAACUUUCUGAAGACGGACACAAACUUUUUCCAGAGUGCGGCAUAAAAGUGCAAAAGUUUUUGUUCGCAGCGCCCACAAACUAAAAGAAAAACUUCGCCGCCGCGCAAAAAACCCCCUCUCUCUAAAAAAAAAAACAAAAACAAAACAAAAAGUAAACCCAGUGCAAUGCAAUGCAAGCAGAAACCCAGAAAUAUAAUAAACAAAUACUGAAAAGUGCGUGGUCUAUUUGAAAUCGAGUAUACGCCCCGUUAGCCGGCUUAAGUUUAACGGAAACUCUAAACAUUCGACGAUAUCACCGCCGUCGCGUUGACAAAAACGGAGCUGAAGAGCCGGAAAAGCCGCAAGAGCUGGGAGAGUUGGAAAAGCUGCAUAGCCACCGGGAAAAUGGCGCUUUCCAAGCGGCCCCUCACAAAGGACACGCCCCUGUCCGAAAGCAAUGGCAACCACACCAAUGGCAAUGAUCACGAGACCUCCAUCAAGCGGCGCAAGCGUUGCAGCCGCGACGAGGACUCCAAUCUGAACAUCAAUAACAACAAUAAUAAUAAUACAAAUAACAAUAAUAAUAAUAACAAUAACAACAACUUGCCACAGAAGAAACGCAAACAGGGCGGUCACAUUGCUGACAGUCCGGACAGUCCCACCUGCCCAUCCUUGCCCGCUCCCUUGGCCAAAAGCAACACGGAUGCGGACCAGGACGAUGAGACCCUCAUCCGGGAAACGCAGGCCGCACUGAAAAGCCUCUCCGGCAGUUGGCCCGACUCCCGCGGCAAUCUGUAUCGGCUGCAGGAACAGGACGAGAAUCCACCGCCCUUCCAGAAUCUUUUCGAGGAGAAGCAAAAGUAUGAGGCCAUCAGCAAUCCUUGCCAUGCCAUCCAAGCCAGCUCAACAAAUCCAAAUCCCACGCUCUUCUCACGUUUCCACAGACAAAAGGAGAACGACCAGGCGCGCCUGAAUGCCAGUGGUUUGGAGGGACGUGGCAAGAUCAAGGAUCUGGAUGCGGAUGUGGAUGCCGAUGCCGAUGCAGAACUGGAGGAUACCUCAUCAUCGGCCUCCGGUCAAGGGGUCUAUGCCCAGGCGGCAUCGGCCUUCAAGCCACCGAUUGACAUUAUUAAACGGAACUAUGUGGCCGCCGCUCAUGCCCAUUAUAGUGCUUAUAAUGCGGCCGCUGCAGCGGAAUCAGCAGCGGGAUUGGCCUAUUAUGGUUAUGCCGCUGCCGCCGCCGCCAGUCAACAGCAACAGCAACACCAGCAGCAGCAACAGCAACAUCUCAGUACCGCCUUCGAUAUUGCCAGCCAGCUGGGCGAGAAGCCGCGUCCAAAGGAACCCAUGGCCGAUGGCAAACAGUACACGAUCCUCCAGCCGGCGGGCAUUGGAAGUCGGGCGGCAUCUGUGAUGCAGGAUAUUGCAUCGCGUGAGGGCGUUGUGGGCGUACCGCUCGUGGCCACGCCCCCAACGACAGCGGCGGGCAGUCCAGUGGCAGCCCUACCAGCAGCCGGACCUUCGACUCCUUCGACACCGGCGCCCAGUUAUUCGCCGGGUAGCCAGAAUCGCGAUGGCGCCAAAUGCCCCACGCCACAUUGUAUGGGCCAAGGACAUGUCACCGGAUUGUAUUCGCACCAUCGCAGUUUGUCAGGUUGUCCGAAGCGCGAUAAAGUCACCACAGAAUUGCUGGCUUUGCACGAGCAGAUCCUGAAAUGCCCCACGCCCGGGUGCAACGGUCGUGGCCACGUGCAGCCGCAUCGCAGCGUGCACCGCAGCCUCUCCGGCUGUCCGCGGGCCGUAAGGCGCUCCGGCGGAACCAGCCGCCGUCCGGGAGCAGCACCACUAGCAUCAACAGCAGCCGAUUUGGAUAAACAUGAGAAGGAACUGCAUCCGCUGGACAAACUGAAGCUGGCCUCCAAUCACUAUCUGAACAAUAACAACAGCAACUGCAUCAACAACAACAGCACGAAAUCUCUGAGUGGCGCCCCAACGAUGCCAAUUAUCAAAUCUGAAUACAGUCCUGUAGCCAGUAUUAAAUCGGAGUAUAAUAAGAGCCCCAUGCACUCGUAUCUCUCGGGGGAUGCGGCCACGCCCGCUCCCACCGCCCCCUCGUCGGCGAGUGCCGCCCAAGCGCCGCGUUCCGGUUCGGCGAGCGGUACAGCGGCCUCAAAUGGUGAGAACAACCUGCAUGCACCGCAUCUGAGUCGCUUUGUGGGUCUCCAGAGUCCGCCGCAUCAGCCACAUCUCAAUCCUCAUGGCCACCACCAGCAGCAACAGCAACAACAGCAACAGCAACAGCAGCAGCAACAGCAACAGCAGCAGCAACAGCAGCAGCAACAACAGCAGCAGCAGCACACGUUGCAUCAGCAGAGGGGACCCUUUAUAGAGGGCAAUGAUGUGCCCGAUCCCUCGGCCACUUAUCACUCGGAACACCAGCAACAGCAGCAGCAGCAACAGCAACAGCAGCAACAGGCCGACGAGCGACAGCAACAAUAUGAGCAAAUGCGAUAUGCCCAGAGUCAUGUGACCGUCGGUCCUGGUGGUGAAUUAAUGGCACCCAACGGAGGGGAACUAUCGCCGGGCACGGCGAGAAGCGCCUAUGAAGCGCAUCCAGGACAUCCGCAUCCACACCCCGGACAUCCGCAUCCACAUCCGCCCGUCUCGCUGAGCUCCCUCAGCUCGCCAGCCUUUACGGUGGAUGCCGUGACGGCAGUCAGCGGUGCGGGCUUCGAGCGGUACGAUCCCAGCGGCGUCUGUUGUCCCAGCAACGGUCAAAGGUCAACGGCGGCCACAGCGGCGACGGCAGCGGGCGCCUCGGCGGCAGCGGCUGCCUAUCAUUAUCUGCCCCAAACCACCGACGAGAUGCAGGCCCAACAGCAGAAGUAUCUGCAGGAGCAGCAACUCAUGCUGGCCAAGGCCGAGCACGAGGAGUUGGCCAACGGAGGUCAGCCCCUAUACCCGCGGCCCAUGUAUCACUAUGAUCCCACAAUGGGCCCACUGCCGCCGGGCUUUUCUGCCAUCAAUCUCUCGGUUAAAAUGGCCGCCGCUCAGGCAGCAGCUGCAGCAGCCGCCUACCAAAAUCAGCAGCAGCAACAACAGCAGCAGCAGCAACAGCAACAGCAGCAACACCACCAGCAACAGCAGCAACAACAGCAGCAACAGCAGCAGCACGGCAAGCAGAGCAGCUCGCCCGCCCCCAAUGUGGGCGGUGUGCCGGCGGUGGAUCUCAGUGGUUCCACCUCGGUGACGAGCAGCAGUCCGCACGGUUUCAAUUCGCCAGCCUCGCACAACCAGUAUACCGCCCAGCGGAUGGGCAACGGCAGUCCGCAGCCAGGAGCCAGUCCGAACAUAGCCAGUCCCCAGGUGCCCAGCCCCCAGGGACAGACGCUGGACCUCAGCGUCACCCGUUUGCCCCACAGCAUUAUUACGAGUCCGCAAUACGGCGCCGAUGGCCUGGUGGUGGGUCAUGCUCAGGGUUUCGUGAGUGGGGCGACAGGACCCCUGGGUCCAGGCAAUGGUGGACCACCACGGUCGCCGCAAAUGGAACCGGUAGACUUCAGCGGGCCUCCAAGACCCCUGGGCUUCGGCCUGGUGGGACACAUCAGCGGUCCGCGACCCUAUAGCCGCGAAUCCACGCCGGAUAGCGGCGGCUCUCAUUAUAUCGAAACGUAUCGGGAUCCCAGUGGAUACUCACCGCACCCCGGCUAUGGGAUGGUGGUCCAAUCGGACUAUCCGCCAGCUGGAUACCACGGCUACGGUCCAGCUGCAUACCAAUGCAGUAAUCCAUACGCCACCGCCGUCGGACCCGGUGGCUAUCCCACGCCCGUUUCCGGCGGAUACUCGCCCAGUCCGGCCACCUGCUACUCGAUGCCACCGCCACAGCACAUCCCGCAGCACGACAAGUCCAAGGACGGAUUGACGGGCUGCUCGCGCUCGGACCGCAAUCAUCUGCAAUCGCACUCGCAGGAGCUCAAGUGCCCAACACCCGGAUGCGAUGGCUCUGGACACGUGACGGGCAACUACUCCUCACAUCGCAGCCUCUCAGGCUGUCCAAGAGCCAACAAACCGAAGAGCAAGCCACGCGAUGGUCAGGAUUCGGAACCCCUUCGCUGUCCCAUUCCAGGAUGCGAUGGUUCCGGCCAUUCCACCGGCAAGUUCCUCUCCCACAGAAGUGCUUCGGGCUGUCCGAUUGCCAAUCGGAACAAGAUGCGCGUCCUGGAAGCCGGCGGCACUGUGGAGCAGCACAAGGCCGCUGUGGCAGCUGCCACGGCCAUGAAGUUCGAUGCCUGCACCACGGUGGGCAGCCAGGGCAUCAAGAAGCCCAAGUUCGAUGAGGUCACCAUGGUCUAUCCCAAGGGUUAUACAGGCGGCAGCGGUUUGGACAUUGUCAUGGGCGGCGUGGGGAGCAGUGUCGGCGUGGGACUCGGUCUGACGGGGUCACUCGGCAUCGGGGUCACCAGUAGCAGCGGCAGCAGUACCGGUGGCAAUAAUAACACGAACAACAGCGGCGGCAGCGGCAGCAACUCCAGCGGUACCGAAAAGAAUCCAUCUGGCGGUGGUACCUCCUCGGGAGCCAAUGGCAGCGAUGAUCUAAACACCCUGGAGGCCGAGAUAUCGGAACUUCAGCGAGAGAAUGCACGUGUGGAGUCCCAGAUGAUGAGGCUCAAGUCCGAUAUCAAUGCCAUGGAGUCGCAGCUGAGCACCAGCGAUCGGGAGGCUUCUCCACUGAGCGGUCAUCAGCAGCAACAGCAGCGUUCCUCGGUGGCUUUGGCCUCGCCCAGCGGUCAAUCGCCAUUCGCCAGUGUCAGUUCCACCAGUGGCACAUCUAGUGGAGCCGUGUCCAGUGGACCCACCACGAAUGGCAGCGGGAACGGGAACGGGAAUAACAACAUCAACAGCUCUGCCACCAAUGCCAACGAUCUGAACCACUCGAUCAGCAAUUUGGCACCGAGUUCGGGGAGUAAUCCCAACCAGCCCAUCGAUGGUGUGGGCGCCCCACCCAAUACCAAUCUGAAUAACUACUAUGAGAGCCUGAGGAACAAUGUGAUCACGCUGCUGGAGCAUGUGCGUCUGCCGCCACCGCCACCACCGCCUGGCGGGGCCACGCCCGGUUCCUCGGGGGCCUCGGUGGUUCAUGGCCUAGACAAUGUGUGUGGUGGUGCCGGUGGUCAAUUGGUGGGUGGAGAGCACUCAGCGGCGGCCUAUUCCACGCUCCUGCCGCCGCCACCACUCCCGUCCUCGGGUGGUGCUCCAUCUGCCGGUGGUGGUGCUGGUAUGUAUGGGGGUGGUGGUGCUGCUGGCGCUGGUCUUCAUCAGGGAGCCGGCUCAGGCAACAGCGGUGGCUUGGGAUCUGGCGGAGCUGUAGGACCGCCUCCAGUGCCGCCACAUCAUCAUCCCUACACGGUGCAUCAUCCCGUCAGCUAUGCACAUCCGCACGCCCAUCCGCAUGCACAUCCGCAUCCCCACGAGCACUUCGACUCGUAUAUCUCGAAACUCCAGUCGCUGUGCGUACCCCCCGAUGUAUAUGCCCUGCCCGAAGAUACGGAACGACCCGUCUACAACUCGGUGAAGCCCACAAUGCACCAGGACUAUGGCAAACUGAUGCCGACACCCAUCUAAGAACGCUGAGAAUCAAAAGCCCAACACUGGUGACCCCAACAUUAGAGCCACAUCCCGUCCAGGGCUCAAAAAAACAAGUGUAAAUACUUAAAUAAAAGAAGUGAGAUGUAAGAGCUAAGGGGUUAAACUGGCGUUAUCCAUAGGCCUGACUUCAAGGCAGACUAUACAAGUUACAAGUGGGACAGAGUGUCGGGGUCACCCACCCGUGCAUCCUCGAUGCCCCAUUAGGUUAUACAUAAAGCUAGUUAUUAGGCAUAGAAACAUAGCCAGUUGGUCGGGACGAAGCAAGUCCCAGGCUUAUUAUUUAGAAACGUUCCACAUCCUAGAUCCUAGACGCUUUCGUCGUGUGUUGAUAGCAACUCUGUAAAAAAACAAGAAAGGAAAACCAAACAUAAGUGUGUAAUUGGAUUAUGAAUUUCAAUUUUUUUUUUGUCUGUAUCAAAUACUAAAACUAGAAGUUAUAGAAAUCGAUAUAUAUAUAUAUAUAAAUGGAAAAGCAAACCCCAAGUAUAUGUUUAAAUGUAGGGCAUUUGUUUGGUGUUAAUGUCUGGUCAAUUUUUUGCAUACGGAACGCAAGAUGUUCGCAACUACUUAAUAGCCCCUCCCCAGUUCCACGUAGUACCCUCUAGCCCAUAUCCCUCGCAGGCUAAGUUUAGUUUAGUGGCAAAGUCGAACACCAAAUGUGGAAAAACGAAGUAAAAUACAACAUUACAUGCAAAUAUAAUCAGUACUAUACUUAGUGGAUGUAAUCGUACGAUAUUUUUUUUGUUUUUUUUUUGUGUAAUUGUAAUAUUAAAAUGUAAUAGUAAUAUCAAGCGAAUAUCUAAAACUAUAAUGGCUAAGUGUGUGAAAGAGAAGUGAGAACUUUGGGUUACGGGGCGGUAAUACAUACAUAUAAUCGGGAAAAUAAAGCACGCGUACAUAUGCAGAUUAUAUCAGUAUGUGUGUCUAUGUGUGUCUGCUUCUCUGUAGGAUCGUAAGUUUUAAUGUUACCCCUUACGAAAACGGGCAAGAGGCAUUAACCAGAACCCAGAAAAAAAUGAAAUCGUAAAGAUAGAUUAAAAUUCAGUGCAAUACAUUCAACCAAUUGAAGGCAAAGCGAAAACCAAAAUCGUAAUAAACUAAUUGUGUAAGCUUAAGUAAACAAAGUAGUUGAACAGAAAGUCACGUUUUUUUUUGUAUCGUCAUACGUCUAAACUUAAACUUAACUAUAACUAAAUAAUACAAAAAUAAAUGGUAGAACGGAGAAGGAAACCCCAAAACCGCAAGGUAAUUUAGACGAAUUUUAAAAAAUAAAAAACCAAAUCGAAAAAGUUUAAAACAAAAAAAAUGAAUGGCAAAGACGGAAGGGCGAAAGAGUAUGAAAAUAAAUAGCAGGCUUAACAAAAAUCAUUGUACUAAAUGAAGUAAUACAUAACGAUGAUUAAAAUAAUUACACUAAACUAAAUAUAAAUCUAAAAUAUAUAUAUAUAAUAUAAUAUUGUAUUGUAUGACAAGAAAAAAAUUCUGUAAUUUACAACCGAAAAAUAUUUUAUGUGAUCAUUGUCUUUUUUUUUAAUAUUACAAGAAAUAAAUAAUUCGAAUACCAAAUAAAGGAUAUACACAAUAA